CAACCACUAACUACUAGCAAUAGUGAAUACUCCCACAAAUCCAUUCAGUAGUUGCUUCCACCACACAUCAAAGCAAUGGAUAAGCACACAACCACUAACUACUAGCAAUAGUGAAUACUCCCACAAAUCCAUUCAGUAGUUGCUUCCACCACACAUCAAAGCAAUGGAUAAACAACUCUUUGCCGGAGUCGCAAAUUCCAGCAAGAACAAAAAGAUCUUUAUCGUAUUCGCUUCAAUCCUACUUGUCGCGGCAGAGAUCCGCAUUGUGGAUGGAGUCAACUCCAAAACCACCAACACUCAAUCCAACAACAUAAGAGCAUCCGCGGCUCACACCAUCGUGAAAUCAUCAUGUAGCAUCACCCUCCACCCCGACCUAUGCUACUCCACGCUUUCUAGCGUCCCCAACAUGACCGAAAAGGUAACAUCAUUAAAUGAUGUCAUUGAACUGGCUAUUGAGAAAACAAAAGAGAGAGUCCAAAAGAACCACUUAGUCAUAAAAACGCUUGAGGCUAGAACCAAUCUCACGACACGUGAGAAAUUCGCUCUUCAUGACUGCCAGGAGAUGCUUGAUGACACGCUGGAAGAACUCGACGAAGUCAUAGGUUUCCUCAAGACAUAUCCUACUGAAAAACGAAAUCGACGACAUGUUGACGACAUGAUUACUUAUAUGAGCACCACUAUAACUAACCAGGAUACAUGCCUUGAUGGAUUCUCCCACGGCAAACACGAAAGGCAGUUGCGCGAAUCACUUAUCGACGUUGAGAUAAAUGCGCAAAAGAUGUGUAGCAAUGUGUUGGCCUUGAUCAAGCACCUGACCAACACCGACACGGUAGACCAAGUGAAGACGAACACAAGAAAAUUAAUGAACAAGGACGACGAAAAGUGGCCCGAGUGGUUAUCUGCGGGAGACAGACGAUUGUUGCAGUCAGAGACCGUGACACCCGACGUGGUUGUGGCGGCGGAUGGUAGCGGUGACUUUACAACGAUUUCUGCAGCCGUUGAGGCUGCUACAAAUAGAAGCUCAAGGAGGUUCGUGAUUGGGAUAGCGGCAGGGGUGUAUAGUGAAUACGUGAAUGUUGAUAAUAAUAAAUGGAACUUGAUGUUUGUGGGUUCCGGAUUAAAUUCAACAAUUAUCACGGGAAAUCGAAAUGUUGCAAUUGACAAUUAUACCACCUUCAAUUCUGCUACUGUUAUUGCUGUGGGAAGAGGAUUCCUAGCACGCGAUAUAACCUUCGAAAACACAGCAGGGCCCGAAGGCCAUCAAGCCGUGGCAAUACGAGUCGGGUCAGAUCUCUCCGCAUUCUACCGAUGCAACAUGUUAGCAUUCCAAGACACUCUUUAUGUCCACUCCAACCGUCAGUUUUACGUAAACUGUUACAUAGCCGGUACAGUUGACUUCAUUUUCGGCAAUGCUGAAGUCAUUUUACAAGACUGCGACAUCUAUGCCCGUCGCCCAGGCCCAGACCAAAGGAGGAAUUGGGUGACAGCUCAGAGCCGAACCGACCCUAACCAAAACACAGGGAUUGUGAUUCAAAAAUCAAGAAUUGGAGCCACAUCCGACUUACAACCAGUGCAAGCGAGCAUUGAGACGUACCUAGGGCGACCGUGGAGGAACUUCUCUAGAACGGUUGUAAUGCAAUCGCAAAUAAGUGAUGUGAUACACCCGGCUGGAUGGUUUCGUUGGUCCGGGGCUGAGGUGGAGAGGGAUACUACUGUUUAUUAUGGUGAGUAUGAGAAUGCAGGGGACGGGGCGGAUACGUCGAAUAGAGUGACGUGGCCUGGGUUCAGGGUGAUUACGGAUGCUACAGAAGCUCAAGGUUUUACCGUCGAAAAUUUUCUUGACGGCGCUGAUUGGUUAGGGAACACAGGAUUCCCUUUCUCUCUUGGGUUGUGAUGUAUUCACUAACAAUAUUGUAACGUGACUCUUGGAAGAAAGGGUGGUUAUAAUAUAUUGUCAUGAUCUUUAAGGAUCUGAAGGUAUGACUUCAGAUUAAAAUUGUGU